UUGACGGGUAAAGAGUGAAUCCACCAUAUAGCUAUGUGUACAUUCGCUUUUCAUUUUUCUGCAGGUUGCAUGCCGACAAAUCAAUGCGUUUUUACUACAGAUCGCUUAUCGGUCAGUUAAGGCAUCUUUUAGCUCCAAACAAGUAUGGCGAAACAUGCGGUGCUGUCUUCAGGGGCUAAAUUGUGGCGAUCUUUGCCAUGCGCAAAGUCGGAGCUGCGACUGGAGCUCGUCCUCGCUUGUGGACAAACUUUCCGCUGGAGAGAAACUGCUGAUGGGCACUGGACUGGAGUCAUAGGGGGGCGUGUUUGGACCCUGACUCAAACAGAAGACACUCUUUGGUACUACGUGUACACAAACCAGGGUGGAGCUGAUGGAGAAAACAGCUCAGAAGACUCUCUGAGGGCAGAGUCUGUCACUGCCUCACACCACUCUGAGGUGGAAGCAGAGAUGCUGAGAGACUACUUCCAGCUGCACGUGAAGCUGGGGGAUCUAUACAAGGAGUGGGGUACAGCAGACUCUCACUUCAAGAAGAUUUCUGACAUCUUUACAGGUGUGCGGAUGUUGCGUCAGGACCCCACAGAAUGCCUUUUUUCCUUCAUUUGCACUUCCAACAACCACAUCUCGCGUAUUCAGGGCAUGGUGGAGAGAUUGUGUCAGGCUCUGGGGAGCCCUCUCUGCCAGCUGGAUCAAACUUCCUACCAUGACUUUCCGACACUGUCCGCAUUGGCAGACAGUGGUGUAGAGGAACGUCUCAGGGAUCUGGGCUUUGGCUACAGGGCUCGGUUCCUUCAGCAGAGCGCUAAGCAGAUCCUGGACACGCACGGGCCCCAGUGGCUUGUUGGUUUACGAAACGUCCCGUAUAUGGAGGCCCGUGAUUCUCUCCGAACCCUCCCUGGAGUUGGCACCAAAGUGGCAGACUGUGUUUGUCUGAUGUGUCUGGAUAAGUGUGAGGCCGUUCCUGUGGACACACAUGUUUGGCAGAUCGCUAAGCGGGACUAUAAGUACACUUCUGGUAACGGACAAAAGACCCUCACAGAAAAAGUUCACAGAGAUAUAGGGGAUUUUUUCAAAAAGCUGUGGGGCCCAUAUGCAGGUUGGGCCCAUUCAGUUUUAUUCUGUGCUGACCUCAAGAAGUUUCAGCAUCUCAAAGAAAUGACCAGUUUAAAGCAGCCACAGAACGAAGAAGAGCGCGAAGGAGAGUGCGAGGGGCUAAAAAUAAAAAGAGAAUUUGAAGGACAUGAAAUAAAGAAGAAACCUAAGUCAGAACGUGAGAAGAAGGCAAAGAUGUCCGUCAAGACAGAAGAGGUGUGAAACCACAGAUCUUUGAUCAGAUAAGACAGACAUGCACUGGAAUUAUUGUUCAUGAACUUCAUGGAAAUUGGUUCAUGGUUAUAUGAUCUCUCUCUUUUUUUUUUUUUAAUCUGAGGGUUAGUACUAUAAAAUUUGUGCUCUUUUAUGACUUUAGAACUAUAAAACGGAAGCAUACAGUGUGGAUUGUUUUACAAUAUAGUUAUUUUAAAAAUGAUGAGCCUGUAAAUUUUAAUAUUAAAAGUGUGGUCAUUAUGAGCCACAAACUCAGUAAAGCUCAUUAAUGCUGCACUAGACUAUUUCUACAGAGUACAAAAAGCACUGGAAAAAAAUACUGUAUUUGCUGUAAUCAUUUUGUGUGGGAAUAUGUUUGAGUUUUCUGUCUUUAGAACUGAUCUUAUUGUCCAACAUGGUGAGUCCUGAAGUUGGAAUCAGGACUCAAAAACUAAAAUAAAUGACAAAACUGUUAUGAUAAUAAAAUAUAUCUAAUCUAGUAAUUACAAAGGAAGCCCGGUUGAUUGUUUUUUUUAAUUUAUUUAAGGUAAGCAGAAUAAAGGUACGCUUUUUAAGACCUAUUGAUUUAAUAUAAUAUUAGAACCACAAAUGAUGCAUUUUCAUUAGAUUCAUCGUAAUUAACAGGAAUAAAGACUUGAGAACAUCAGUCUGUGUGUAAUUAAGCUACACAAUGUGUUUCACUUAGUGAAUGGAGUUACUCAAAAAAUAAACUUCUCAGUGAUAUUCUAGUUCAUUGAAUGGAUCUGUAUAUAUUGAACCACUUGUCUCAUCCACUGUAAAUGUAUUUGAACAGAAAAGCUUGUAUACCAUUGAUCGAAAAUAAAUUUCUAAUGUCGUUUUUGUUUCCAGCCUUUUCUACCAUGUAAAGAGCUGAAUCAGUACGUUUGUUUAUUUUGUUGUUGUUGUUGUUUGUUUCUUUGUUUGUUUUCUGCGGGUUCUGCUUCGGCUAUUCUUAAUGUCCAGUCGGUCAUGGGACAUUAUUUCCUGUGAAGCAGGUUGUUUUUUUCCACUGUUGCGAUUUGCUUACUCGAUGCGGAGGAGAGGCUCCAAAGUCUUUGAUGUUAUUGUAUUAUAACUAGCUUUGAAAUGGAAUGUACGCCACUGUAUUUGAAUGUGUCUGUAUGAUUGGAUUAAAUUAAUUUCUAUUUCUAUGUAUUUAGACAUGAACUGGAUGCUUGGAUUAUUAUUUUUUUUCUAUAAAGAGGAACUUUAUAAAUAAACAGAAUUAAAUUUAAAGAAAUGUUCUCAACUCAAAUGUUCAAAAAGUUCUUGAAACAGACUAGAAUUAAAUCAUUUUCAAAUGUGGCCAAUUUUAACAGUGCUAAAAUUGGCCUCUAGAUGGCAGCACAGAUUGAUCUCUAUUAUUACAGAGUCCAUGUGGUUUAUUCAGCUUUUUGACACUUUCAUUGGAUGAAUUGUCUCUGCCUGCUUCCUUGGCUAAUCGCUGUAAGAACAAUCUGUGGUGUUUGAAGGCAUGUUGGAGAUGCCCACAGGAUGCCGCAGAGCAUUCCCUGGAUCAGAGUAGUAUUUCUGUUUGUUAGCUCAAAAACAAUCAUCCUCGCUGAGUGAUUCGGUGUCCAUAUGUUUAUCUACAGGCACUUUCAGACUGUGUCAGCUGAUCUUUUUAUAGCAGGGGUUGCAGUUAUCUGCUGUCAGUUCUCUGGGCUGCUGUGACUGUCUCUGGUGACAGCAUGGCCGUCUAAGAGGUUUGAUGUCCAUGUGAAGGAAUGACAGAGCUACUUUUUAGUUUCCUUCAUAUAAGGACUCUUUUUAGAUCUGCACGGCCAUCAGGCUCUAAUGUGAGAAAUGUUUUUUGACGUGUCUUCGAGCAAGCGGAGGCCUAUGUGUGUGGCUGUUUCAUCUGUGGAUGUGCGUG